UUGACUCAAUGUUAGAGUAACUAAAAUUAGAUUUUAUAUGUAUUUGAUCCUUUUGUUCCUGUAUAUUGGUAACGAUUCAACUUUCAUGCCAUAUUUAAAGAUGGCUGCAAUAAAGUUUGGUCCUCAAUUAAAAGAGUUACGAAUUCUUUUAUGUCAAACAUCAAAGUCUAGUCAGGGUGUUAGAGAUUUCAUUGAACAGCAAUAUGUGCCACUUAAAAGAAGUAAUCCAAAUUUUCCAGUUUUAAUUAGGGAAUGUUCUGAUACAGAACCCGUUUUAUAUGCACGAUAUGAACUUGGAGUAGAACGUCGUAUUCCUCUACAAAAUCUAAAAUCUGAAGAAAUAUUGCAACGGGUUCAAGAAUUAGCUGCUAGUAAAUAAUACCAAAAUAAUAAUUCUAAUAUGUUAGUAUGUGUUAUAACUUAUUUAUAUGUUAAAUAAAUUAGUUGUACAAGUUAUGCGUUACUGUAAUUAUAGAUCACAGGUGUAUUGAUAACUUCUAAUAAAUUAUUAUUUAUGAACUU